AUGCGUCGAUCAAAACAUCUAGUGUCUUAUGUACUAGAGGGUGAUUUUCGACGAACAAUUUUACAAAUAUAUCAUGAUACUGCAGCAAAUGGAACUUAUUUCGGAAGAAAUAAAACAAUACAUAAAAUUAAACAACGUUAUUUUUGGCCAUCAAUACCAAUCAAACCUCCUGAUGGAGUCUGGCAAUUAGUAUCAAUGGAUUUUUAUGGUCCUAUUAGUUCAACAUCUCACCGUGAAAAUAAAUAUAUUAUAUCAUUUACUGAUGUUUUAUCAAAAUUCAUCGUUACAAAAGCUGUUCGUGAUAAUAAAGCUCAAACAGCUGUUAGAUUUGUUAAAGAAGAUAUUAUAUCAAAAUUUGGAACACCUUGUUGUAUUCUUACUGACAAUGGAACUCAUUUUCCAUCAACAAUAAUGGAUGAAUUAAUUAAACAAAUUGGAGCAACACACCUUUAUUCAACACCGUAUUAUCCUCAAACCAAUGGUUAA